AGCGCGGAAAAACUAUUGACGAGGUGGCCAUCAGCGUGCAUCAGCCCUGAAGAUCAAAGAUCGUGCCAUCCACCAGUGCAGAGCGCUCAUUCCACCUGCCAUCUUCCGACAGAACCAUGCAGCUCUACGACUUGGAGUGCCAAAAGCGAAGGUUCCAAGUCCAAAUAUUCUAGCCUGCCCAUACACCGCGGCUAUCGGAGGUUGACGAGAGCAGCAAUCAGUUGCUAACUGGUGUGAAACAAAGCUUGGGCACAACUCCAGAUGGAAAUACGCCCUCGGCAAGUUCAGUUCAAAUUUGGGGCGCCUAUGAUCUUGCGUCGAACUCUCACAGCAAUGCGAUCGACCGUUGUGCUGGGUUGGGUGUGCCUUCCUCGUAUUAGGCUAGUGCUCGGAUACCAUAUAUUCCUCCUCAGAGUUCUCCACUCCCUUGCUGACUUGCAACUUUCCUCUCUCUAGGAUUCUCCUUGUCGUCUGCCACCAUGUCGGAGUCUCUCAGUUCCGUCGACAGGAAGAGCGAGGAUGUUCACAAACCCACAAUGGCUUCGUCUGACCUCGACGUCGCGGCUCAACUCACCGCGGGCAAAGAGGUUGAGGUUAACCCCGCUAUGGCUGCAAGGGUCAGUACGUAUUUCCAUUUCCUGGAACGCGCGCCACAGCCCUCAUGCCAAUCUUUGAUACAGUUCUGUACAUGAUGCAAUUCGCGGACAAGACGACAUUGGGUCAGUCAGCUAUCCUCGGGAUAAUGCCCGGAGCGCACAUCAACCAAGACCAAUUCAACUGGCUCGGGACGAUCUUCUACCUAUUCUUCCUCGCCUUCGAGUACCCGCAAAAUCUUGCGCUUCAGUAUUUUCCGGUAGGCAAAUGGAUGAGCAUUAACAUCUUCGUUUGGGCUGUUGCUUUGCUAUGUCAUGCAGCGGCAUCGAGCUUUGGAGGCCUCUUUGCGUGCCGUGCGUUCCUUGGUAUCUGCGAAGGCGCCAUCACUCCCGGGUUCAUGAUCGUCACGUCCAUGUUCUACACGCGCCAAGAGCAGUCUCAAAGAACGGGAUACUGGUUCCUCAUGAACGGGACUGCUAUCAUCGUGCUCGGCUUGGUGGCAUAUGGAACUCUACACAUUAAAACUGGAAGUUUCAUGCCCUGGCAAUGGCUCAUGAUUAUCACCGGUAUAAUCACGCUUGUCGUCUCCGUACUCUUCUGGUUUUUCUUCCCAGAUUCUCCCGCUACUGCUUAUUUCUUGACCCCCGAAGAACGAGUCAUCGCAGUCGAGCGGAUUAAGGUGAAUCAAGCCGGUGUUGAAAAUAAACAUUGGAAGAAAGACCAGUUCAUUGAAUGCCUGACUGAUCCCAAGACGUGGUUAUUCUUUUUCAUCGCUGCGAUCUCUAACGUCACCAACUCUUUGAGUAAUCAGCGUCAGAUCAUUGUCGCCGGGUUCGGAUUCAAUGCCCUGCAAACAACCCUCUUGGGCUGUGUUGAUGGUGCGGUCGAAAUCAUUGUCAUCUUCUGUACUGUCACGUCGGCAACCUAUUGGAAGAAUGGAAGGGCGUAUUCGGGUUCCUUGGCUUACUGUGUAGCUAUUCUGGGGUCCAUCCUCGUCAAUGUAUUGCCGAGUUCCACUAAGGUUGGGUUGCUGUUCUGUUAUUGGAUCUCCAUAACGCAGAUCGCACCUUUUGUGGUUAUGCUUGCAUGGGUCGGGGCCGUAACCGCUGGACACACGAAACGCGUAACGACCAAUGCCGUAGUAAUGAUUGGCUACGCAGUAGGCAAUGCUGCUGGUCCACAAUACUGGAAGAAACGAUACCAGCCACGUAAUCACAUUCCAUGGGCCAUCCUUUCUGCAUGUUGGUUCGUCUCCAUGGUCCUCCUACUCGUGACACGACUAUACCUUGCACGAGAGAACGCGAAACGAGAAAAGGAGGGACAUGAUUCAACGUACGAUGAUGUAUACAUCUCUUCCGACGCUAACGGCGAGAAAGCUGUGAAAGUCGACAAGGCUUUCCUCGAUCUCACUGAUAUCCAAAAUCGCGAUUUCCGAUACGUGCUGUGAUACCUCACGAUUCAUGAACCGUACGAAAUCCUCCACUUGCGCCACCUACAUAGUCCAAUAACAAUCGUCCUUUUUGCUCUGCUUUCGCUAUCGUUCGAUCUUCAUGAUAUUAUCUACCCCUUGGACCCUAUAUGCUCAGGCUGAGUGCCGAGGUUACAAAUAUUCUUCAAUUAUCAGUUGGGUUCAGAGGCGUCCUCAUCAUACCAUAGAAUUUUGUAUCGCUCAUCAGACCGAUAUGUACCAUUGCGCAAUUCAUAAUUCAUUAUCAACCACCCAUGUCGAUCCUCGGACGGACCCACAUUGCGACGCGACAAUCAAAUUGCCAAGGUCCU